CAGAGAACGGACCAAACGGUUUUCGCUCGCUCCGAGGAUUCGCGCUUAAGAGUUGCUUACUACUGGGGGCGUUCGAUAUGAUCUUUUCCUUUUUUUUGUAGCAACAAAUUCUAGGGUUCGCGUUCUUCAAAUCGCUAGCAGCGAGGUUCUGCACUAAUCAUCUCGACGUUUUUUUCCUUCUUCUGGCUCGUCGUUUGGUUCUUGGGAGACUCCGGGAAAAUCGCGAGAAAGUUUGCGGCGUCGAGUUGAUUGGACUCGUCCGCUGCAUUGGCUCCGAAGCUGGGCUUGAUCGAAUCGGUAACUCUGUUGCGUUGGGCGUGAUCGGCUAACCUAGCUAAAGGUAAAUUCUCCUCCCUUUUCCUUUUUUUUUUCUGGAGAGGACAAAUUUUUUGUUUCUGGGUGAAUGCAGUAUCAGGGUUUUGGAAUCAGACGUUCAAUUCAUAAUCUUUUUUCAUGGGGUGUGCUCCUGCAUGUUUAGUUCUGCUGCUGCAAAGUGCUUAACUGAAGAAAAAUCUGUGGUUGGAGAAGGAGACCUGUGAAGAUGGAUGUGAUUGAUACUGGUGUGGAGGCUGAUGAUGACGUUGGUCGCGACACUCAUAUGAGACGUUUUGCUGAUAAUGGCGUUCUUCUUGCUAAAGCAAGGGAGUUUCUGGUUGAUGAAAUCUGUCAGUAUCUUGAUGGUUUGGAAGAGUCUAACCAAACCGGUGGACAGAACACCGAUGCUGAUAAUGCUGAUAACGCCGGUCUCUUCGAGGAUUCUGUGGAUGACGAUACUGAUCCUCAGUAUAAGUUCUUCUUGGAUAAUCUAAGAGAAGACGGGUUUUUGUUUAUGGUCGAGUACAACGUUAGUGACGGGCCACCAUCGUGUCUGACGUAUGAAGCGGACGAUGAAAACGUGGUAGAGAAUAGGAAGAGUAGAGCGGUGAGAAAUGGAAAGUCUUUGCACAGAUAUAGUGGGUCAAAGAGAUCGAGUGAGAACGUUAGAGAGGGUUAUAACUUGAGAGAAAGAAAAGGUAAGGAAUUGCGGAAUUUGCGUAACGUUCCAGUGGUCGGAAAGGGGAAUGCUCAAACGAGCAAAGGAGAUAUUCGACAAGGACGGAAGAAUUCAGCGGUGAAGAAGAAAGCCAAAUUAAAAGCUAAAAGUUUUGGUUCUUGUAAGAAUAUGGAUGUGAAGGAUGAGUUAGUGGUAGAUGAUUGUUACAAGGCUCACCUAAUGGAAAUGGGGCAUAUAAAGGAAAACCCCGAAACCAAACCCGAGAAACUUGUAGAAGUGAAACUCGAAAUGGAUACAGAGUCUUCGUGUAAUUCAGAUAUUAUUGCGGUUGCCGAUCAUCCAUUCUCCGAUGAUGAAUACUCCCCAUUCGUUCCUGCGAAGAAAUACAUCACUGAUGUCGAUGAAGAGGAUGAAGGACCUGUUGAGGUCUCUAAUUCUCUGUUCAGGAAGGAGCUAAUGGAUGUUCUCAGGAAACCGUACGAUGAGAUGGAGUUCGUGAAUCUCUAUCGUGAUGUAUCCAUCCAGAAAAUAACUAUUCAAGAGAGGGAUCUGCGGAACGGAAGAGUUAGACGUGAAACCAAAAUUCUUAGCGCAUACAUUGAUCAACAUCCAGAUCUCAGGGAAUUGUUUCUGCCUUGGGAUGGAUCCACGGAGUUCAAAGACUUUUCCGUGUUACCAAUAAAGGAUCGUCAUAGAGCCUUGAAUCUAUUGCGUGGAUUCUUCUUUUAUAUCAAGAACAUGGUUCGUGACGGUGCAUUCAAACCAUGGCUCGAUAAGGAAUGCCUAGAGACCUCGUGCCAUGGCUCGUAGAAGAGGGAGGAACUGACUUGACAUCCUCUGCGGCUCUGGAGACUCUAACUGCUUCUUCUAUUCAUUUUGUUUCAAGUGUGUUUUGUUUGGUCUCUGUGUUGUGUCGCGUUUGUUUACCUCUUCCUUAUUCUUGGCUCCGCAGUCUCCAUCCACUUUGUGUUAAAUAUUUAGACGCCCAUUAGUUCUUUUUCUAUUCAUUCA